AAGUAGAUCUACCAGGCAACCACUAAAUUACAAGUCUGUUUUUACCUAGUACGAAGAGAACAAACGGCGAACAAGAUGCGCUCAUCUGCUACCUCUUCCUCCCGUCUCACGCUGCGUCUCAAGGAAGGCAGCGCAACGGCGGAAAAACGACUGAGACGUGGUUUUCCAUGGAUCUGUGACACGGAUGUCGAAAACAUGGCAGAACUACGAGAAGCUGCGCCACUAUCUUACAGCCAACAAAUGGCUUCUAGAGCAGGACGAGAUGGUGGACAAUUACAGCAAGGCGGAUCCUCAUCGUCCACCGCACCACAAGACCCCAUCAGACCAUACCUGGCGAAUGUAGUGGCUACCACUUCCUCUGGAAAGGGGAAAGGCAAAAUAAAGCGGAACUUGGGCCUUGCAUUCAUCAAUCCACGCCAAAAGGUGAUGCGAGUCAUUGGUCAUAUGCUCUGCAACAACUCCAGUGUGGAUGUGGAGCAUAGCGACAUCUGGUUCCAAAGGCGGGUACUGAGAGCAUUAAAGCAUAGGAAGUUGCUUUUUGGGGCAGGUGGAUCUGGUGGAGCAAGAAGUAACUCUUCUUCCAUAAGUUCAGCACGUCCGCAACUACUCAGAGGCAAGUGCUAUCGUCUCCUCAACGGUGAGGGGGAUCAGAUGCCAGGCGUCUUUGCUGACCGCUUUGGCCGAGAUAUCGUCGUCAAUUUCACCCUGCCUGCACCUGAAGCAUUGAAGAAUGUCAUUCUUCAAGCGAUUUAUAAAGUGGUGGAACGGAAUGAACGACAAGAACUACAGACGGAUGUGGAACAAGAGGAACAUGAUCAAGAGGAACCUCCUCCCUUGAGAUAUUUUAUCCUCCGACGUGAUGAUCCGAUGCGUCGUAUCCAGCACAUGCCUCUCAUAGAACGCCCCCUCGUCUUGAAUGCUAGAACGCUUGAACCGCUGUCGGUGGCGGAUGACUACGUGAGAGGUCAUAACGUCAUUUCAGAAUCAGGCAAGAACCCAUUUUCAUCAACCUCAUCCUCGACCACACAUACCUCUCACUGUCACUCAUCGACACAAGAUGCCUUCGAAAGACAUUUGCACUCGGUGCUUUAUGAAGCGGUGGUAGAGGAGGAGAGUGGGCGGUACGAAAAUGUCAACAUUCUUGAAUGGGAUUACGGGUUACGUGACGUAAGGACUUACUUGCGGAGCUCAACGUCUACUUCGCCUUCUUGUCGAUUAACAAGGACGUCCUGUGGAUCGGCGAGAUCUUUAGUCGUCGACGUGUGUGGGAAUGCAGCACGUAUUAAGAUUUACCACAAUGUAUUCUUCACUACCAUCCUUGACUUGUUUUCCAGUAGGAAAAGGGUCACGGAUGAUCUGAGGAAUGCAAUGUCACAACCUCUAAACGUAGUCGAUUUUUCGAAUCAUGUGCCACGCCAGUGGUGAAAGGCGAGUCUGUUGAGUAUUCAGGCACGAACGCGAUCGAGAGCGAUGCUCGCUACACAGCAGAUAAUGAACGCGAAGCUACAAAGGCGAUCAAAUCCGAAGGAAUAUCUAUAUCUUCCAACAAGGAACGUCAAGAUAGUCCGAAUCCGAGUACCACAAACAAAGAACGUCGCGUCUAUGUUGAAAGAGCGAAAGAAACGCAGCGGAAAUUGCACUCUCAAGUCGCGUCCGUUGGCAAGUCUAGACAGCGGAUCCACAUAAUAGACGGAAGAGUUGUGGAUCCGUCUGACUCAAGGGCAUUAUAUGGCUCGUCCAAGACGACCCCCUCAUCCCUCCUCAUUCUGGAUAUCCCUCGUGUGUGUCCGACGAACUUGCACCGAGCGAUCUCGAUCCUUCGUGCGAAGAUCACCUCUCUGCUAAGGGAGCAUCCACUUCACCGCUACCGUUCGGUGCUCUUCAUUGUGCGGGAUCGGCUCACAAAUUUAUGAGACAGACGUUGUAAGGGUCAUGCUUUCUACAAUUUUGACUUCUAUGUACUUAUAUUAGUGGAGUUGUUGUAUCUAUAUUACGUGGUUCUACAAUUGCCUCUAUGUAUAGGAGUUGUGCUCGAAUUCUAGAAAUAGAACUACAGUCUUGAUCUUGAAUUUUUGCUGAAGAUGAGCACCCACUCCAUCUUUCACCUCUAACAGGCAACCUCCUCCAUUCGAUCCUACCCGGCUGCGCCUUAACCACUGGCGAAAGCUUCAGCAACCCUGCGGACUUUCCUAUACACCUAGCGACACCCAAGAAUACACAUUUGCGGGCAAUUCUGUAUCACAACGAAAAGCAUUUUGGUCGAAGCGAACACGAUAUACCAAAAGCUAUCGCUGAAGAUGCAGAUAAAGAUGAUGGAGAAAACGAAGUUCGUGAAGAGCUGUCACUGCUUGAUAGGGCGGGACAGGAUGAUGAUGGAGGGGCGCAAGAUGACUACUCAGAACAAUUUGAAGAGAAGAUGGCAUGUUGAAGUUGACGUUUACACUCGGAACAUGUGAAACUUAAGGACCACAAAUUUAAUGACGCACGCAUACUUUUUUCUCUUUCGUUGUCAUCUACUCUUCUAGUCCGACGCAGUGUUUCAUAUCUAUGCCGAGCAUGUUGAUGAUGGAUCAAAUAUGACGAUCUUGCGACACACAAAAGAAACGCAAGUUCUGGUUGAACCAGACAUCCUCAUCAUGAUCAUUGUGGUGAUUCUUGCAAUUGCAACGUGGUGCUUCUUCCAUCUGCGCAUGUCCUGG